AUGGCAAGUCAAUUUACCAUUCAACCUGACAAUGCAAAAGGCACCAUCGCUAACAAGGACCUUCUCAUGACUUGCCAAUAUCCAAGUUACUUCAAAUCGGUUCGGUGGUUAGGGCUGGACAAGCAAGUUAUCACCAAUAUGACCAAGGGGGUUAAACUUGAUAAAGAUGGUCGCCGACGAGAGCUUUACCUUACAUUGGUGAAUGUAUCUUCUGAUAUGAAUGGGAUGUACACAUGUGAAGGAUAUGAUACAGCCAUCAAUCAAACUGUGGCAGAAACAAGGAUAGUAACUGUCUUUGAACCAAUUGGUUUCGUGAACCCAAAGACUGAGCAGACAUUUGAACUUGGCCAAACAGUGUCUGUUAUAUGCCAGGUGUCUGGUAAUCCUCCACCAAGUGUGGUUUGGAAACAAGGAACACAAAGUCUUGAAGGGACUCCUGAGAAUAGUCGCAUCUACCAAGACCUAGAUACCAACAACUUGAUUAUCAAGAACAUCACUAAAAAAGAUGAAGGAAAAUACACUUGUUUGGCAAGGGAGCUUUCUAAAGGACAAACACGCAACUUGCCAGUAUUUGUUGAUGUACAAUGUAUUAACAUGCUGUAUUUAGUUGGACCUGCUGGAAUACAAGUACCUAAGAUGGUGACAGGAGUACAAGGAGGGGACGUGACACUCACAUGCAAUGCAACUGGUGAACCUGAACCAAUGUAUAAAUGGUACUUUGGCGAUGGAAUGACAUUCACCAACUCCACCCUUGUAAAGGAUGGCGUCAGUGAGGAUGGGAAAGUCCUUAUAGUUUCCAAUGUAACAGCAGGCGAUGCCGGCAAAUAUACUUGUAUUGCAAAGAACAUUCAUGGAACUGACAGUGACACAACAGAUGUCAUUAUUAAUGUUCCACCAACCAUCAGUAUAAUAUUGGGGGAUUCUGUAGUUGAGGGAGACAAUGCAAGAAUUGGUUGUUCAGCAACUGGUAUCCCUACGCCUGUUGUCACCAUCUUCAGACAUGGAGUGGCGUUGAACAGCUCGCAGUUAAGUGAAACCACCCCGAUGACAGUUGAAUACAACAGUGGAGAAGCUCAGAUUCGUUUCACCCCAUCUUCAUAUGCCGAUAGUGGAGAUUAUACUUGUAUUGCUUCUAAUUCAGCUGGAAACAUUGAAGGAGUUAUUAAGCUGGAUAUUCAAUAUGCUCCACGUGAGACGACUCUUCCAGAAGUUUACGCUUGUUUGAACGAGAAAGCCGAACUUUCUUGUAUAUUCGACGCAAACCCCAAACCCACCCUCACUUGGGGUAGAAUGUUACCUGUUGCUGCUGCGGAUGACGAUUUUCUUGCCGUCUUCACGAGCAACCAAUCUGUUGGAGUAACUCCCGAUGAAGCUGAAGUGACGAUGACGUUUACUCCCAUUGUUCCCGAUGACAACCUCAGUGUUCAAGAUCAAGGAGGUGUCUUGAUGCUUAAGAUAAGCGAAGUGAAUGAGGAAUCAUACGGUAAAUAUUAUUGUCGAGCACGUAACGAACAUGGGGAACAAACUGCUGUUGGUGAGCUGAUGAUGGCAAUGAAGUCUUCCAAACCACUUAAUGUGGAGGUGGUCGACGCAUCCACCAGGCAAGCGAACGUGAUAUUCUCCCCACCCUCCAACAUUGUGUCGCAAAUCUCCAGAUACCUCAUUUCUCUCUCCUCUGGGAGCCAACUCGUCCUCGAGGAUGAAAUCGCCGCAGGUUCGUUGCCAGCUGCUCAUUGGUUAACAGCCGGCCAAUCCCGUGGUUCCGCACCACUAAUUUGA